CAUCAGCUGUUUUUAACACGCAGUAGUCGGUGUGUUUUUCCGUUCUCUUCGAAUUUCACAACAAUUGGUCUGUUUAUUGAUUAAUUUUAAGUGACACUGACUAGUCCGAGAUGUCUCUGGUUCGAAACUCCUCCCGGUUGCUGUGUUCGCAGCUGAAGCGUGUGCAGAGCGUGCCGGUGGCAUUGUACCACGAAAAUGUCGUUGAACACUACGAGAACCCGCGCAACGUGGGAUCGCUGGACAAGAAAGAUGUGACAGUGGGUACCGGAUUGGUGGGAGCUCCCGCCUGCGGCGAUGUGAUGAAGCUGCAGAUCAAGGUGGACGAGAACGGCAAGAUCAUUGAUGCCAAGUUCAAGACCUUCGGCUGUGGAUCGGCCAUCGCCAGCAGCUCGCUGGCCACCGAGUGGGUCAAGGGAAAGUCCAUUGAUGAGGCCGGCAAGCUAAAGAACACGGACAUCGCCAAAGAGCUGCGCCUGCCGCCCGUCAAACUGCACUGCUCCAUGUUGGCCGAAGACGCCAUCAAGGCUGCGCUAGCUGACUACAAGGUCAAGCAGCAGAAGAAGGAGGCAAACUGAGGGGCGGAACGAAAACUGUGAAUGUAGUGGAGCGUAUCUCUGAACAACCACUAAGAAAACAACAACUAUAAGUAAUCUACAAUACAAUACAAUACAAUAUACUAUAAAGAUACUUGGCAUUAGGUCGUAGUAUGCGAUUAUUCGCUAGAGCUCUGUGAGUGAUUGGCCGCGUGACUGCUGAUAAGUGCAUAGAGGUAUAGGAUACGACUUUCAUUGAUACUAACGGAUAGCUGGAACUGAUAUUGUAUGAAUGCAUGUCCACGUGUGUAUUUAAAAGGGGAUUUCAAUGUAGUCCCAAGAGCUAAUUAAAUUAUCUGUUCUGUUACGCAAAAUAUAAGCUUGCUUUGAAAAGUAAUAAAGCGUUCCCGUUGGAAUAAAAAUACAUGAA